AUUUUUCGCUUCGGCUUCUCUCUCUCUCACAAGCUCCGUUAUCGGAAUCAAACACAGUGGGAAGAAUCAAAAUUGACAGAUGUGAUGUCAAAUCUCUUCAAAACGUGAGUGUCUCUGUUUAAGUCGAUUGGACUGUGUUUUGUAUUGAUUCGAGCAUUUGAAUCAUCUUUCUCAGAAAAUCCAACACUCUUUGCUUUAGUUAUGUGAUUCCCUUGGCGUUGUCUUAUAGUUUGCGAUUCUGUAGUUGAGUUGAAUAAAUAGUUUGCACCCGAAUUUGUUUUCUCCGAUUUAGGGAUUUGAUUUUGAAAUUGCAGAAGAAAAUUUUAAAGACAAGAGUGUUAGUUGUUGGAUAGUGAGAGAAUGUUUACAAAUAAUCAAAGACAAGAAGAACGUACUGGAAAACAUGGAACACCAAGGCUUCAAUAUCUUCAGGAGCUUGUGAGUCAGUUUCAGAAUGCAACUGAUGAAGAAACAAAGGAGAGAAUUGUAGCAAACUUGGCGAAUUUUGCAUAUGACCCUUACAACUACACUAUUUUACGUCAGCUAAAUGUCUUGGAACUAUUCGUAGACUGUAUAACAGAGCCAAAUGAGAAGCUUGUAGAAUUUGGGAUAGGAGGAAUAUGCAACGCUUGUGCCGAGCCAAAAAACGUUGCUACCAUUGUCGAGGCUGAUGGAAUUCCUCUGAUAAUCAAAUCCUUAUCAAGCCCUGUCCGGAACACUGUGAACUACGCGCUUGGGGCUUUGUAUUACAUGUGUGACUAUAACAGAGCAACGAGAGAGGAGAUUUUGAGACCAGAAGUGGUGGAUCUCAUCGAGAGGUACGCAGCGGCUGAAUCUGUCAGUGUAAGCUUUAGUAACUUGGCUAAGGCGUUUCUUGACAAGCAUGUUCAUGCAAACACAUGAGAUUCUUGAAUUUUAUCUUCUCUAUUAAACACUUGGAAUCAGCUUGAAAAUACCAAAGAUGACGAUUUUGCCAAGAGUUUUUGUAUAGCAAUGGGCCAAAACGCAAACGCUACAAUGAAUGUUUUGAGGAUUGGGAAAGCGUUAUGUUGCGGCUAGUGAGAAUCUAAAUGAGGAAUGUAUAAUAGAUUCAGUACACUCUCUUGUUUCUCGAAUCUGAUUAAAAUGGAAUAAGACGUAUGAAGAAUGUGCACAUAAAUGUAACCAUGUAAUAACUAAAGAAUCAAUGAAGUGAG